CCCGGGGAGCCGGGGCAGCGCGCCCCUGAGCCAUGGAGGAGCUCACGGCGUUCGUCUCCAAGUCGUUUGAUCCCAAAGCCAAGGAGAAGAAGGAGCUCAUCACCUACCGCGAGGUGCUGGAGAGCGGGCCCCUGCGCGGCCCGCGGGAGCCCGGCGGGGCGGCGGCGGAGCCGGGCCGGGAGGACACGGGCAGCCCCGCGGCGCGGCCGGCCGGCGGCGGGGCCCGCAACGGCGGCGGCGGAGGCGGCCUAGUGCGGCCCGGGCGGGCAGGCCCCGCUCCGGCUGUCCCGGCCCCGGGGGGCUCUCGCCCCAUCCCCCCGGGCAGCAGCGGGUGCGGGAUGAGCCCCCGGACCGCGCGGUGCCCGUCCCGCAGCCCCGCCGGUCUGACCGCUGUGUCGUGCCCAGUGUCCCCAGAGCUGAAGGAGCGCAAGGAGGAUGCGAAAGCGAUGGAAGACGAAGGGCAGACGAAAAUCAAGCAGAGGAGGAGCCGGACGAAUUUCACCCUGGAGCAGCUGAACGAGCUGGAAAGGCUUUUCGACGAGACCCACUACCCGGACGCGUUCAUGCGGGAGGAGCUGAGCCAGCGGCUGGGGCUCUCCGAGGCCAGGGUGCAGGUCUGGUUCCAGAACCGACGAGCCAAAUGCCGAAAGCAAGAAAACCAACUGCACAAAGGGGUGCUCAUCGGUGCCGCCACGCAGUUCGAAGCCUGCCGGGUGGCCCCCUACGUGAACGUGGGCGCGCUGAGGAUGCCCUUCCAGCAGGCAAGCCACGCCCGCCCUGCGCUGUCCCCGCAGGUUCAGGCGCAGCUGCAGCUGGACAGCGCCGUGGCCCACGCGCAUCACCACCUGCACCCGCACCUCGCCCACGCUCCCUACAUGAUGUUCCCGGCCCCCCCCUUCGGGCUCCCGCUCGCCACCCUCGCCGAGUCCGCCUCCGCCGCCUCCGUGGUGGCCGCGGCCGCCGCCGCCAAGACCACCAGCAAGAACUCCAGCAUCGCGGACCUCCGCCUGAAGGCCAAGAAACACGCCGCCGCCCUGGGGCUGUGACCGCCCCCCUCGCCGCUUUUUUAAAAGGAGAGAGGGGGGAAAACAAAAAAAAAAAAGUAAAAAAAAAAAGUGGGGGGAAAAAA